AAGGUUUCUAGACAGAAGGUCUGUAGAGCAGAGGAAAUCAAGUUGUCGUCUUCAUCACGUCAUGGAUGUGCAAAGGUUUUUUCUUCUCUUGUUCGUGUUUUUGUUAUUUUUCUCUUGUGUUGAGCAGAAAAAAAAGAAAACAUCUUCAAAAAGAGCUUCCAAGAAAAAGUCAUCUCAGCAUCUCAAACGAGUGAAAAUUCAAAAUAAACUAAACCAGCUUUGCGAAAUGCAAAAGGAAGCGAACUUGCCAGGUACAGCACUGGAACUCCACGCAUAUUUCGAUCUUCGUCCACGUCGAAAGCCUUUUGCUUGUCUCAAGGUGACAACGUGUAAAGGAUCGCCCGUAUGUUUUGUGACUACGCAUCCGUAUUUGAAGAACAAGUCGAUUAAUGAUACGACGACAUGGCAAGAGCUGGUUAGCUUUAUUCAGAGAGACAGAAAGAUCGAGCCAAUCUACGAUUCGUCAAUGAGUGGAUGGAAUGGUGACAGGUACAAGGCCCUCAGUCAAUACGUCCAAAACCAGCCAGCGAUCUACAGAAUGUGUAGACAAGCUACUGUGUAUCGAUUUGUCGUUAAUGAGAACGUUACUAAUGAUAACAACGAAGACACAUCAGCGAAUUCAAGUUCCAGCACCAGUACCAGUAAUUCGUCGUUCAAGCCAUCACUUCCGGUCAACUCCAACCCUGCCAUGACUCUUUGCCCUCUGUUCAAACGCCAAAAAGGAAAAUCCACUCGCAUCAAACGAGUUGGAAGAACCAAAAACCAAACAUCGGAUAACUUCUUCAUGUGCCAAGGAUUCAACUGUCCUUGUGUGCGGAUCUGUGUUGGACAGGGCAGGAACAGAAAGAACUUCACAGAAUGCUCGACAUUCAGGAUCAUUUGUACGUUUAACUGCGGCUCUGAUACGAUUGAAGUCCCACAGGUACCAAUCAUCACCAAACCUACCAAGCGACCAACAAAGCGACCGAAGAGAUCAGGACACAGGAGGAAGAAGCAGGGUAAGAAGUCAAGGGGAAGAAAGAAAAGGAAUAGAAAUAAGAAGACUCCUACACCACCCAAUACGUGAUUACAAGAUGACACCGGCCAAUGUUAAUGAACUAGUUUGAUGCCAAUGUUAGACUACAGGGUGUUAUACUGAUUACAAUAUGACACCAAUGUUAGUGAACUAGUUUGAUGACAAUGUUAGAAUACAGGGUGUUAAACUGAUUACAAGAUGACACCGGCCAAUGUUAGUGAACUAGUUUGGUGACAAUGUUAGAAUACAGGGUGUUAAACCAAGUAGAGUGGUCGCUAAGGAGAAUAUGUUCUGUUAACAUUAAAGUGCAUGUAAGGGUGGGCCUGAAUUUCCUUGAGAACAUGCACCAGGGCCUCCUCUGGUUUCAUUUCAAAUAGUCAGCGGCAAGAUUCGUCUAACACUGAAUUUUUACCCCCUACUCCCCUCUCCCAGAUUUCUAGAUCCUCCCCUAGAAUUGAUUGUACGAUUUAACCUUUCGAAUCUGACAACAUUGGUAUAGUGUGUGGAUACUAACUUACGUUACACAUGACCAGUCUCUCUCAUGUUUUGAUUGGACUUUCGGUGGCUUCGUCUAGAAUUCCAAGUCUAGGUGCCAACUAUGCUUAAAAUUACUGCAAUUGCGCUAUUUCACUAUGACAUCACUGCUUGUUUAUGUGGGGGAUAGAAUCGCCAAAUCCAAUAGAAAAUUCAAUAAAAUUUGCUCCCAGCGAAACAGCUUUAAUCUAAGAUGGCAUGGUUUACAAAUAUAAUAUGUGUUAAURUGUACUAAAAAAUAUUCUGAGCGUUUACUGGCUAUUCUACUUCUCUUUGUGGAUUGAUACGGGUUUUAGAACAAUCUUCGGUGAAUUACGUUGAUUUGACCCUCUCCAACGACCAUGAUCCUUUGCGUUUAAGCAAUAGAUUGUUUUGAUAUGACGUCAUAGUGAAAUAGGGCAAUUCAAAUUACUUUAACUUAAAAAUAAAUAUUUCCUAGCUAAUUCUCAGAAGUGUGAAUUCUUUUUUGAAAAUAUUUCACAAUCAUUCUUGACAUCGGGUUCAAAGUCUAAUUAUAUUAACUGAAUUCUUUUGGAAUAAUACCAGAGUAGUUGAUUGGAGGUUUGAAAUUAAAGAAUGAAGUCUUGAAAGCUACAUUUGAAUUCCCAGAAUUACUGGACAUGUGUGACGGGAAUAACCAGUAACUAUASGAUUGCUAAGUUAGUUAGAAAUGAGGUAGUUAUAUAACUAUAGAUGGUAAUGUCAGACUAUGAUCCAAGCAACAAUGGAUCAAAUACUGUAAUUCUUCGUUUGCAAUAGACGUCAUAGCCGCCAUGUUGGAAGAAUUUGACAAAAGAUUUUUAAAUGAAUUCUUUUGUUAUAUCUUCCAACAUGGUGGACAUCCCUUUUGUUAUUGUGCUCUCUUGGGAUUGAUUGCAAACCAAGAAUAGACCAUUCUCGAGUUCAAAAUAACCGCUGUGUUGCUUGCUUAGACACAUUUACUCAGGGUUAGCCUUGUAUCAGUGUUUAAAUAUUCACAAAUACCAACAGUAAAGGAUGCACAACUUCAACAAUACAAACACUUUGAAAUUCCACAGACCUUCGCUGGAAAGCAUGAAUAUUUUGCACAAAAUCUAGACUAAGCCUGAGCAAAAGAGAACUCCAAACUGGAGUAAAGAGUCAGGAUGGGUAAAAAGUCUUUCUGUCUGAUCUUUUAUCCUAAAAAUUGUGCAUUUUGAUUGGCUGUGCAAAGAGGCAGUAUUUUCUAUCUCUGCCCAGGAUCCGGCCAUCUCGAUGUAAGGCUUAUUUCAUCCGCACUUCCACAUGGGUUAACAAAACAAAACAAUGGGAACAAUAAAUAAGUUAUUUGCCUUCCUAAAGUUGGUCUGGAAAGGGAAAAACCGAGCUCUCAGGUUUUAAUAGCUAUAUUCAAUAGUGCAGUUUUUCCAUGUCCCAACUUCCUGACCAGUAGAUAACUUCUAGAUAAUAUAAAACAAAAUUUUGUAGAAUAUAUUUGUAUGACGUGAAGAAAAUAAUAGAAUAAAUAAUUUGAUAAAUA